CUUGUUCAGCAGCCACAGAAGAAAGCUAAAAGCUCCAAUCUUUGGGAACCCAAAAUCACUACAAUGGCCAAGACGCUGAUGGUGCGUCCGUACGUUUUCGCAGCAUCGUCACGAGCAGCCAGAAAUCUCUUCCUCCGUCAAGCUCAGCCAACGAGACCCUUUGUCUCUGCUGUGCUAUUCAACAGAGCACGCACCAGUUGUACCAAGCUCCAAUCUCAUAGUAAUAGUAAAAACAGUGUUGGAGAAGAGUACAGUUGUGGGAAUUCGUUGGGGUUCUGGUUUGUUCCGGUGAGUGGUCGAAGGUUCAGCACACGGGCCACGAAUGUCAAUGAUGCUGGGUCCAUCGACUCGCCUCUCAUGCACUCCAUGGAGAAAAAGAUCAAGGAACAUCUCAAUGCAGAAUCAGUCACUGUGAGAGAUGCUUAUGGUGAUGGUCGGCAUGUCAGCAUUGAUGUCAUCUCUUCAACCUUUGAGGGACAAUCGGCUGUUAACAGGCAGAGGAUGGUGUACAAAGCCAUUUGGGAGGAGCUUCAGACCACAGUGCACGCGGUUGACCAAAUGACUACCAGAACCCCCACUGAAGCAUCAGCUGAAAAGUGAAUGCAGCCUGGUCGGUAGCUAGACUCCCUUUAAUGGAUUUCCUGGUUGUAAUGAAAUGAAACUGUUGCAUAUGUUGCUUCAUGCCUGUUGAGGAGUCCCUAUUAUAUCUGAACAACAGCUUUCAAAUGACAGGUUUCAUUGCUAAAAUUAUUUAUCAGUCUCUUGGGAUGGGGUGGUGACUCCCUUUUUCUCUCUUAAAAAAAAUCAAAUUUUGUACUUUAAUCUUGCUUCAUUGAAACCUUAAAAAGGAUCCCUUUUGAUGUCCCUUUUUGGCCAAUUCUAUGCUUUUCCACCUUCUCUAGUUAUUAUGUGCUGGAGAGUGGAAUCAUGGAUUCGUGUUGUCAGCAUAAGCGUCAAAGGAAUACCCAAACUAUGAUAGACGCAUAGA